UCGCGUCAGRGACAAAGAGCUGUAGUUUACAUCAAACGCGUGCAUUUGACAUCACAGGCAUCCUUCUCCAGACGGUGGUCGCACACAGACACAAAGGCUUGUUGUGUACAACUAAUUCAGCGCUUUAGAGUAGCGGUGUGAAAAUACGUGGUAGGGGGCAGCGGUUAGUGUUAUGUUCAGUAAGACAUUCUUAUGCGGAUUGGUGCAAGAGAGAGAGCUUUACAUAAUUACGUGCAUGCUUUUUCACGUGAAAUGCUGCUUUAGAAGCGGGUUCCGUUAGGUUAGAGGCACAUCUUUAAGCGAGCGGACAGUAACGAGUAAGUAGGUCAGUGAUAUUUGCACUUUAUUUGUAUGAAAAAUCGCAUUCAAGAUGGUGUCUUCCUACCCUUUACCGGAUGGCUUCUCGGAAAUUGAUGUGUUCUCUUUAGGAUCUUGUCUGCUCGUGGAGGGUCUUCUGGGAUUCUUCCUGAAUGCUGUGACAGUCGCUGCUUUCAUAAAAAUAAGAGAACUGAGAACCCCCAGCAAUUUCCUAGUCUUUAGCUUGGCAUUGGCUGAUAUGGGCAUCUCCGCGAACGCAACCAUUGCCGCUUUCUCCAGCUUUCUGAGGUACUGGCCCUAUGGCUCUGAUGGCUGCCAGACUCAUGGCUUCCAGGGUUUCGUGACAGCUCUCGCCAGCAUCCACUUCAUUGCUGCCAUCGCAUGGGACAGAUAUCACCAGUACUGCACAAGGACAAAGCUACAGUGGAGCAGUGCCAUCACUCUGACUAUCUUCAUCUGGCUGUUCACCGCCUUCUGGUCCGCCAUGCCCCUCAUCGGCUGGGGAGAGUAUGACUACGAACCCCUCAGAACCUGCUGUACUCUGGACUACAGCAAAGGAGACAGGAACUAUGUGUCCUACCUCAUCCCCAUGGCCAUUUUCAACAUGGCCGUCCAGACCUUUGUUGUCAUUACCUCCUACAAGUCCAUUGGCCAGAAGUUCAAGAAGACCGGAAAUGCCAGGUUCAACACUGCCACUCCCCUGAAGACAUUUUUGUUCUGCUGGGGACCCUAUGGAGUCCUGGCCUUUUACGCUGCUGUUGAGAAUGCCAACCUGGUCUCUCCCAAGAUAAGGAUGCUGGCUCCUAUUCUGGCAAAGACCUCUCCCACCUUCAACGUUUUCCUGUAUGCCCUGGGCAAUGAGAACUACAGAGGAGGCAUCUGGCAGUUCCUUACUGGGGAAAAGAUUGAAGUGCCUCAAAUUGACAACAAGUCCAAAUAAACUAAGCAUGCGACAAUCACAUACACAUUUUUUAUUUAUUUAACCUUUAUUUAACUAGGCAAGUCAGUUAGGAACAAAUUCUUAUUUAAAAU